AUGGAGGUAAACGCCAAGACCUACAGCCAAGGUCAUUUCGAGGGCACAGUCUGGGACACCAAGCACGGCAGCAUCGGUGAAGUCGAAGCCGGCAAAGGUGUCAUCACCAGAUACGCUGAUGGCCGACCGACCCGCUUCACCUUCAAGACAAAGUUUGAUCGCCCCCCAAGGCUCCAGAUCACACCACUCUUCAUUGAUCCAAAGUCAGCAUCCAAGCAAUUCUGGAUUUAUCACCUCGCUCCUUCCGGAGACCAGGCUGUUGACGAGAGUGGCUUUUACCUGAAAUGUUACGGUGAGACUGGGUUGAGCAUUCAAUCUGAGUACUUUGCCACUGCUAUCUACACGGUUGGGGACGAUUGA